GCCAUAGCAACGGCGGCGGGAGGGGACGGCGCGGCGGCGGGAUCCGCUCGUCCCGCGGGCAGCGGCGCGGCAGCCUCACGCACGAUUCGGCAGUGCCUUCGGCCACCUCUGGUGCCUCCGGGGCCCGCCUGCCUUAGUGCUGCUCGGUAGACGUAGCGCACGGUCGUGGUGGCGGAGCUUCGUACCGCUUUCUGGAGGCUUUUGGCUGCUCCCCGCAGCUGCGCGGAGGCGUCGCGGAAGCCCCGUCCCCCGCUACCCCCAGGCCGACGCUUCGCCGCGCCCCGCCUUGGCCUGCCAGGUUUUAAUGUUUUUAUGAUAUGGAAAAGAGGAAUUUUUGAAGCUUGUCAAGUAAAAGUGUAUACGGUCCAAGAGGAUGUUAAUGUUCUGAAGUUUACACAUUUAAAAAGCUGCAUAUUGGACAUCAUGAAUUCAUCCUCUUCCGUUAACCACACUGUCAUAGAAGCUAAAUGCUUCUGUAAUGCCAAGUGUGAUUCACAGUUCCUACAAAGUAACGAUGAAUCAGAGUUGGAGACUACUGAAGAUCUGAGAAGAAAACUCUGUCAAGCUAAAAAGGAAAAAUUAGACCUAACUAUAAAACACAAUAAGGAAUUGUCUAACUAUGAAGGCCAGAUAGUCAAAUUACGGUUGGAAAUUGAGAAAGGAGAAGUUGUUCGAAGAAGUCUGGAGUAUGAAUUGGCAAUUGCCAGAAAAGAUGCUCGCCUGAAAAUGUGUUCUGCAGAAGAGGAGUUAAGUGAUGUGAAAACCAAACUUGUGGAACUGCAAGUAUUGAAUGAGAAACUUCAGCAGAAAGUGACAGAGACUGAGAAAACAUUUCGUAUAUCUCAGCAGAAGUGGAAAGAACAACAUCAAAAACUUGCAAGUGAGAAGGAUGAUAUCCGCAGAACUUGCAAGAAUGAAUAUGAAUUGCUUCUCAAGGAAACAACCAAACUAGAAAGUGUUUUGCAGGAGAAGAAUAAAGCACUGCAAAAUAUAGACAAGAAAAUGAAAGAUGUGGAGUUGGAACACAAUGGCUGUGCUGAACUGCUGAGAUCCCAGGCCAAUGAGCUUCAAUACAGUGCUGAACGAGAGGAGCGACUGCAAAAAGAACUUGAAGCAGCUACAGUGAGAAUAAAGAAACUGGAAGAAAACAUUGAAGCAGAGAGAGCAGCACAUAUGGAAUCCAAAUUCAAUUCAGAGAUCAUCCAGUUAAGAAUUCGAGACCUUGAAGGAGCUUUACAGGUAGAAAAAGCCAGCCAAGCACAAGCUCUUUUGGAUUUAGAAAUGAUCAAGAAAGAGUUCAAAGAGGUAGAAAAUGCAUAUGAGAGAGAAAAACACAACGCCCAGGAGAAUUUGGAAAAACUCAAUGUGUUAGAAAGAGAGUGUUACUCCAUAAACAAGCAAAUGAAUGAGAAGAUUGAGGAAAAGAAGAAGAUAAUUCAAGACCUCUCUGAGAGACUAAGAUGUAGUGAAAAUACCUGCAGAGAAUUACAGGAGGAACUUGGAAUGGCCAAGAAACACCAGGUCUUUCUAACAGAGACGUAUGAAAACAACAUGAGAGAGCUGGAGUUACUCUUGGACAGCUUUGCUAUGUCAGGCCAGCGGACAGCAGGCAUUCAUAAGGACAAAGAUGAACCUCGGAGCUUCUCUGUCCUUGAGACUUUGAGGUGUAACUUGACAGCUUACCAGAACAAGCUGGAAGAUACGUCUAAUGAGCUUGGAAAAAUGAAGACUUUGUGUGCCAAGUUGAAAAAAGAACUUGAGAUAUCCAAAGAGAAAUUGUGUACUUCAAGUCAAGACCUUAAGGAAGCUCAGGAUAACCUAGCGGAUGCCAAUAAAGAGUUAAAUCAUCUGCACACUAAGUGUGUAGAGAGAGAGACUUUAAUAGGAACUCUAAAAAUGGAACUACAGAAUGUACAGCAGUGCUGGGAGAAGGAGAAAGUACGUGCCACAGAAUUUGAAAACGAAAUCCAGAAGCUUACCAUGGCUUACCAGGAGGAUAUGGAGGAGAAACUAACCUUCCUUCAUGGCUUAUACCAGCAUUUGGUAGCAGGCUGUGUGCUUAUAAAACAACCAGAAGGCAUCCUAGAUAGAUUCUCUUGGUCUGAGCUUUGUGCAGUCUUGCAGGAGAAUGUUGAUGCCCUGAUCUUAGACCUCAGCAGGGCUAAUGAGAAGAUAUCUCACCUAGAAUAUGUUUGCAAAAGCAAGUCUGAUACUAUAAAAGACCUUCAGCAGAGCCAGAAAGAUGCUUUUAGCAAAAUGGUUGAGCAGAUGAAAACACAGGAAAGCUGUUGGCAGAAACAAAAAAAGUACCUGGAACAGCAUUACUCAAGUCUCCUUGGGGAAGUUCAUGCAAGGGCACAGGAAUUCCAAGAAACAGCAGAGAAAAACAAGGACAAAGUUUAUGCCCUUGAAAGAAGAUGGGAAAAAUUGGGUCUUGAAAAUAUUUCUGUGAAAAAUACAUUACUGCAGGUUCAAAAGGAGCACUCAUCUCUCCUGGUAGCAUGUGCGCUGCUGGCAGGUGCCCUGUAUCCUCUCUAUGGCCGAUCAUGUGCUAUGUCUUCCCAAAGAGACUUUCUUCAGGAUCAGGUCAACAUUUAUGAAUUGGUGAAACAGGAGAUUAGAACCCUAGUUCAUGCCCUGUCUGAUGUAGAGGAAAAAAAUCAAGACGAAGCAAAACUAAAGAGAAGAAAAUUCUUUGGCCUGAUUCAUGUGUUCCGAAGAGGUGUGAUUGCAGUUUUGGCAGCUAACAGACUCAAGGUUUUAGCACAGUCUUCCAAUUCUCUCUUCUCCUGGGCAAAUGACUUCAAAGGAGGCAUCGGAAUUCUAGUUUGUAUGGGAGACUCUAAAGGAAAGCAUAAUCUGUCAAGUCAUGAAGAGGAACAAAUUCAGUAUGUUGAAGCACUCAGCUGGUUUACUAGCUCUAAUCUCCUUGCUGCAAUAAUCAGUUCUGUCACUGAAUUACAGGAUAUUAUUAACCAAACAGAUCCAAAGCCCUGGCUUUCUGGACAUUUACUUCUAAGUGCAGCCAGGAACUCCUUUUCAAAACUUAUGGACAAACUGGAAGUCAUAAUGGAGACUGUUCCAUUAGACAGCAGCAGGAGCCUGACUUACUUGGAGAGAGACUCCUUGAUGCAGAGGCUGGCUCAUGGACUUCACAAAAUAAAUACCCAGGCUCUGGAAGCUGGAUUGUGUGACAGACUACCCAUUAUGAAAAGCAUAGCAUCCUUGCAGAAGCAAAUACUUGAAUUUACACAAAGACUUCAUUCAGCAGAGGUGGAACGCCGCUCACUGCGCCUAAAACUUGCAGAAUUUAAGUGUAGUUUCAGUGAGAUGAAGAAAGAAGCUGACAAAUCCCAGAGCCUGCAAAAGCAAUUAAAUAUGUUUAAGCAAUCUAAACUGAUCACCCCUGAGAGACUUGAAAGUGCAUGUGAAGAAUUAAAUAAUGCAUUACAUCGGGAGCGUCAGGCACAAGUGCUUUUGAAUGAACAGGCCCAACAGCUACAGGAGUUAAACAAUAAACUAGAAUUGCACUCCAGUGAAGAGGCAGAUAAAACCCAAGUCUUAAGUGAAACUGUGAAGAGACUCUCGGAGGCAAAGAUGGAGCUGAGAAGGAAAGAUCAAUCUCUGCGUCAGCUCAAUAGACUUCUUACCCAGCUGGAGGAGGACAAGUGCCGACUGAAAGAGAACAUCCAUGAUGCAGAGAGUGCCCUCUGCAUGGCAGCAAAAGAGAAGGAAUUGAUUAUUAGCCAUAUGAAAUUCGUGGAAGCCACUCUGCAUAAGGAUCAGACUCUUGUGUUCUCGCUGAAGACAGUACAUUAUUUUUCCAGUACCAGCCAUCGCUACUUAACAAACACAGCCGGUGCCGAAUGCGUGCAUUUCAUCUCUUCGUACCGAUGCACACUCGUCUGUGUGUCCGUCCCGCUGCCGUGCGCUGGGACGCGGCCGCCGGGGGAUGGAUCUGGAUCUGGAUCUCAUGCCAGGGUUUUCGUGCAGAACAGCGCGAAACGCGGCAGCGCGCAGCCGGCCGACGCUCCCGAGGCUUCCGUGCGAGUUACGCUCAAAGCGCCUGUAAUUUCACACCCGUGCCGCUUUGCUAAUGACGGGGGAGAAGGGGGGGGGCGGGCAAUAGGUGGGGAAAGGUUGAUUUUAUUUAAAAAAAAAACAACAAACAACGCUGACGAGGAAGCUGGCAGCGCCGUCGUCCCCCCGCUGCCCGCCCGGGCCGCACGCAGGGACGGGAGCGCCGGGGGCCCUGAGCGCCGCUGCGGCUGCAGCUGUGCUCCCGUGGGCCGGCAGGGGGCGCUGUGGCACCAACGGCCCGGGCUGGCGCGCGGGGCCGCGCGGUGCUGCUGCCCGGGGCCUGCGGGGCCUCUCCACUCAGCCCGGCUCGGCCCGACCGAACCCAACCCAACCCGGCGCGGCCCGACCCGACCGCAUCGGCCGCAGGGCCGGGGUGGCUCCAGCUGCCCCCGGCGUAGCGAGAAACUGUAUCAAAGUCGAUAA